GCAGCGCGGGACGAUGCGGACGAGGAUGGACCGGGGGCAGCGACCGGAGCGGGGCCGGGGGGAGCCGGGACCACCCAGAAAGGCAUCAAGGAGAAAGUGCGUCCUCGCCGACCACCACACCUGAGAGCAGCCCGCGCCGGGCCCAAGCUGACGAUGGCGGCCGAAGGGCUGUGGGGGCCGGGCGGCCCCCCCGGCUGGGAGCUGGAGGGGUGGUACCAGGACCUGCAGGAGGUGCUGGCGGCGGAGCCCCCCGGGACCGCCCCCACCUGGGGGGCCGAGCAGGUGGAGCCGGGCCCGGGGGGCUGCGGGCUGGACCUGGCUCUGGCCGAGGAGCUGCUGGGGCCGGAGGGGGCGGCUCCGGCCGAACCCCCGCCCGCGACCCCCGGCGGGAGCGGCCCGGCCCGGCCGGGCCCCGCCGAGGAGGCGGAGGAGGAAGAGGAGGAGGAGGAGGAGGAGAAGGCGCGGGGGGCGCGCAGGAAGCGGUGCGGCGGCCCCGGCGCUCCGCGGCAGCGGGACGGGGAGCGGCGGGUGCGGGAGCUGACGGCGCACAACGAGCGGCUCCGCGCCGAGAUCCAGCGGCUCAGCGCCGAGGUGCAGCGCACCCGGGCCGCGCUCAUCGACCGCAUCGUCAACCUGCGCCAGGUGUAGCGGCCGCCCCGGGGCGGGGCCGGGACACCGACCGACCGACCAGCGCUGCCCCGCAGCCGGGGACAGGGACUGCGCUGCCCCACGGACUGCGGGGGCAGCCCUAUGGACAGGUGGACGCUGCGGACAGACGAGCGGAUGCAGCCUCUCCACGCCCUUGUACAGCUCUUGUCAUUUAUUACACGCGUGUAACCACAA